UUAAGGUAUUUUAAGGUUCUAAUUAUGAGGAAAAUGUAUGGACUUCCCGCGCAAUGUCAAGCUAGCUACAGACGUGUUUCGGAUCGACACAAGAUGCUGCGUGGUGUGGUUUUUCUGUCGCUGGCGCUGGCGACUCUACAGUCGCCGUCGCCCCGUCUUGGGUCAGAUUUAGAUCUUACGCCGGGAAAGGCGAACGAAACUGUACCGUCACUACCGUGCACGACCGACAAGAACGAGGAGGGGUUCUGUGUUCUGUACUACCAGUGCAAGAACAACGACGUCAUUAACGUCGACGGUGAAAACCUCAUCGAUAUGCGAUUGAAAGACUCGUGCUUGUCCAGCCUGGAGAAAUGUUGUAAGGCGCCGGAAGUGAGUCCAGACAAUGUUCCAGUGCCGGAACCACCACAGAGAAAAGGUUGCGGCUGGAGGAACCCCAACGGCAUCAGCAUCCGCGUGCAGUCGGUGGACGGCGAGGCCGGCUUCGCCGAGUUCCCCUGGAUGGUCGCCGUCAUGAAGAAACUACCGAAAGAGACCUACCUCGGUGGCGGAUCUCUCAUCCAUCCGAACGCCGUGCUCACCGCAGCCCACCUAGUGUCCGGGGAGAGAGACCUGAAGGUGCGCGCGGGAGAGUGGGAUACCGUCACCACAAGAGAGAUCUAUCCGCACCAGGAGAGAGACGUCGCCAGCGUCGUCGUGCAUAAGGACUUCAUCAAACAAACCCUGUACUACAAUAUCGCUCUGCUAUUCUUCACAACGCCCAUGGAGCUGGCGCCCAACGUGGGGGUGGCGUGCCUGCCGCCGCCGGAGUCCGACACGCCCGACGACACGCGGUGCUUCGCCACCGGCUGGGGCAAGACCAGGUUCGGCGAGGAGGGCCAAAACGCGAUUAUAUUGAAGAAGGUUGAAGUUCCGGUAGUGAGCAAGCGGACCUGCCGCAGCCAGCUUCGCAACACGCGUCUGGGUUCGGCGUUCGAGCUGCAUUCUACCUUCAUGUGUGCUGGCGGCGAGCCCGGCCGCGACACUUGCAGGGGCGACGGUGGAUCACCGCUUGUUUGUCCCAUUGAGGGCGAGAAGAACCGCUACUACCAGUCCGGCAUCGUGGCGUGGGGCAUCGGCUGCGGCGGCGACGGCGUGCCCGGCGUCUAUGUUGAUGUCGUCAAGCUGCGGCCGUGGAUCGACGACAAGAUGGCCGGCCGCGGACUCGACCUCAACACGUACGAUCACAACGCGCGCAUUUAAAAAAUUAAAUAUUAUAAAAGAAA